AUGGCGGCCUCCGUGUGGAAGCGCUGUGUGACUGCAGCUGUCAAAGUGAAAUGUUUUACAUCAUCUUUCACCGUAAGAAGAUGCCUGCUGUCUGCAGCUUACAGAGACACCACAGUCUGGGAGGCCAGAGAGAAGGACCCUCAAAACUUGGCUACGUUGGCCAACCUAAUGGACAGAACAUAUGACCGGAAUCUGCCUGUGAGCUCUUUGACAGUGUCACGAUUUGUUGACAACAUAACUUCUGCAGAAGAAGUCGAUCAAGCAGAAUACUAUUUGUACAAGUUCCGUCACAGUCCAAAUUGUUGGUACUUGAGGGACUGGACCAUUCACAGCUGGGUACGGCAGUGUUUGAAGUAUGGCAGAAGGGAGAAAGCCCUACACACGUUAAAAAACAAGGUCCAGUAUGGCAUAUUCCCAGACAGCUUCACCUUCAACCUGCUAAUCGACUCGUUCCUUAAAGAUUCGGACUAUAAAAGUGCGUGUGCGAUCGUCGAGGAGGUGAUGGUCCAGGAGGCCUUUGAACUCCCCUCCACUCAGCUCCUGUCUUUGUACGCUCUGGGACACUACCUGGCAACCAGACCACAACUCAAGGUGUCUGAAGAGCGAGCCCUGGGAGCAUCUUUACUCAUCUGCGGCCUCAGCAGCAGCAGCAGCAGCAGCAGCAGCAGCAGCAGCAGCAGUGGCCUCUGUGCACAGUUCAUGGGGAAUGUCCUCCUCGGAAAAGUGGAGAUGCAGGAGGGGAUCCAUGCAGUGUUUAAAGGUUUGCCGCUGCACUGGGCUCACGGAUACUUGGACAGAGCACUGGACGUGAUGGAGAAGGUGUCUGCUGGGACUGGAGACACAAGACUGACUAAAGACUCGUUGGACCUCAUGAGUGCUGUGCUGGAUGACCUGUCUGCCGAGUCGGAGUCCUCUGGGGAAGACUCUGAGGUGGAAGAGGAGAAGAAGGGUGAGACGGUGGAUGAAGAUGAUGAAGCAGAACGUGCAAAGUUACCAGAGUAUGUCGCCAGAUUCAAGGAGUUAAGAAGCCAGUUGGAGUCCAUGAAUAAAGUUGAGGCCGCUUCAUUUCAGUCUUUAGUGAGCGCUCUGGCCCAGAAGGAGCUGUCUGCCGCAGAGGUUCAGGACCUGGGGCAGUACCAGCAGCAGCUCCAGGGCUGGGAGGCCGAGAGGGUGCAGCUCAUCCAGAGGGAGAAGGAGACGAGAGAGAAGGCUGAGCAGGAGAAACGAGAGCGCUUAGCUGCCGCCGCUGCUGCUCAGUAA